ACCAUUCCUUCCGGCUGCCGCAGACUGAGCUGAGCGGAGGGUUUGCGGGCUGCGGGGCAGGCUGUUGCAGUAGGUGAGGAGCGGCGGGGGGCCCAGCAUUUUGUGUCCGCGGUUCCGGCCUCAUCCUGGAAUACCGCAGGGAGGCCUCGGAGCCUGACUCGUCUCGCCCAGCCCGUCCUGGAGGCCAGAGUGACUGAGGCCCGUCUGGCCACCCAACUUCCCUGCGCUGUCCUGGACUUCCUAGGAGGGGAGGGGUUCCGGGCCCCGGGGUGAGAAAAUGUUUGGUUUGGCUCAAAUUCCAAAUGAAAAUGUUUGAAAGCAUUGACUCUACGGCUACAAAAUCUGGCCCGGAUCUUUGGGCUGAAAUAUGUUCCUGUCUGCCAAACCCUGACCAAGAGGAUGGUGCCAAAAAUGCCUUCUCAGACUCCUUUAUGGAUUCUUAUCCUGCAAGCACAGGCCCGAGGGAGGCCCCGGACUUUGCUACUCAGCCAGCUAUAAAGCCUUGGGCUCCCUUGCAGGAUUCAGACGUGUAUUUAGCAUCUUUAGAGAAUAAACUGAGAAGAAUCAAAGGUUUAAAUCAGGAAGUGACUUCUAAGGACAUGCUUCGAACCCUGGCCCAAGCCAAGAAGGAAUGCUGGGAUCGGUUCCUCCAGGAAAAGUUAGCAUCAGAGUUCUUCGUGGAUGGACUUGAUUCUGAUGAGAGCACCUUGGAACAUUUCAAGAGGUGGCUCCAGCCGGAUAAGGUGGCCAUCAGUACAGAGGAGGUCCAGUAUCUGAUUCCUCCAGAGUCACAGCUUGCUCGAGCUCUGGUGGAGCAGGUGAGAAGUCUACCGAGAAUCUACGGAGAAUCUAGUGAAGGACCCAGGUGUAAAUGUAUGUGGAGCAGCUGAUGCCCUUGUGUAUAAUGUUUAAGUUAAGUGAGCCAUAUUUAUCCUUGCCUCUUCUGGAUUUUCCUGCCUGUGUCCCAAGCAUUCCCUGGGUAACUUGUCAGGGGUGAGUGGGCCAAAGAAAGUGAAGUCUGCCUCCUUAAAUCCAAGCCCCAUUUGGGGCUUCUCUAAGUCCAUAAUAAAUAUGAGGACUUUAGC